CGGGUGGUGGGAGUGUGAGUGAAUGAAUAACAGGAAUCAACUUGUCAAAGCGUUCGGUACCGCGUAGUUGCAAUUGAGCCGUGAUUGUUUUAAGUAAUUUUGUGCGUAAUUAUUAGUUAUUGUUAUUUAAAUAACGUGAUGAAGCCGAAAACUAGUGAAAUUUGGCAGUACUUUGUAGAAGUAGACGAUAAUUAUGCAAAAUGCAAAAGUUGCGGGAAAAAUUAUUCAAGAAAAGGCCGGACAACAACAUCACUGAAAGGGCAUUAAAAAUCUAUACAUAAAGAACAAUUUGAAGAACUUUGUAAAUUAGAAGAACAACGUGAAAAAGGAAAAUUACAACAGACAUCGUCUUUAACACCAUUGCAGCAAGCUAGACGGCAAUUGUCUUUAGAAGAAUCCACGAAAAAAAAUCAAAUGUGGGAUACUUCACACCCCAAAGCAAAGAAAAUGGAUGAUGUUAUCGGAGAUGACUGCUUAACAGAAUCUUCCGUUCCAUUUUGUCGAAGGCAUUGGUUUUCGCCGGGUUAUGCAAACGGCUUUGCCAAAUUACCAAUUAAGAGGGCGUCAGUUUUUUACAGAACAUAUAUGUGAUGAAAUAUUUACUAAAAUAGCUACCAAAAUUGGACAAAGUCUCAAACAUUUUUUAAAACUCUCAUUUACCACCGAUAUUUGGUCUGAGCCAAGUGCUAAUGUGUCGCUUUUGAGCCUUACUGCACAUGGGAUAACUGAAGAUUUUACCCGUAAGCAAAUUGUUUUAAAAUGUUGCUCACUUCAUGGCCGACAUACCGGUGAUAUAAUUUGUGACUAUUUUAAAAUGAUGCUGCGGGACUGGAAUAUUCAGAACGAGCAAUUGCACUGUUUUAUUAGAGAUGGUGGAUCGAAUAUGGUAAGAGCAAUGCAUUUGGCUGAAAUACCUGACAUAAAUUGCACAGUCCAUCAACUUCAACUGUCUGUUCGUUCUGCACUCGACGAAAUCCAGGUCAAGGACUUACUCGCAAAAUGCAGGAAGAUAUCAGGCCAUUUUAAUCAUUCACAAAUUGCUCAAGAUGAGCUGAUAAAAAUUCAAACGGAGCAACUUAAUCAACCUGCCCUUCGCGUGAUACAGGUCUGUGUAACCAGAUGGAAUAGCACAUACUACAUGGCCGAACGGCUAUUGAAGGUUAAAGAUUCUAUUUGCCUGUAUGCCAGCAAACAUAGUAUUCCACAAAUAUCUCCAGAAGAGUGGUUGUACCUUAAUAAAUUAGUGGCAAUUCUCACCCCCUUUGAAGAAAUAACGAGAAAUCUGAGCGAUACAAACACUUGCAUAUCGUCAGUUAUUCCUAUGAUACAUGUACUGAAACAUACACUGCAAAUGGAAAAGGAAAAAAUUGACACAAAUCCAAAUUUUAAGAAUAUCAUUCAAAAACUAAUUGAAGAUAUCAAUUCUAGAUUUUGUGACCUACAAAGCAAUACCCUGUAUUCGCUUGCUACAUAUUUGGACCCAAGGUACAAAUUAAAGUUUUUUAAUGACGUGAUUAAAGAGCAAGUUCAGUCCGAACUAAUACGUUUGCUAACCCUUUAUGACUCGAAUGUUGCAAGCCGAGUUGACGAUGAUGAACCUUCUGUGGCCAAGAGAGCGAGAUUAGCAUCAAAUGCAAGUAAUGUUGACCCAAGCACAAGUUUUGAGAUUUUGUCACCAAUACAAAGUGUGCAUUCCAACCUGGCUGAUAUGUUGAAGAAUUGCAGUGAUGAAGAGGAAUCGGAAAAUGACAGCAUGGAUACCAACAGCAACCUCAUGAUAUGGAAAACACUAAUUAAUGAAUACAAUAAAGAAAAUAGACUCCAACUAAAUGAAGAUCCCUUAUUGUGGUGGAGAUAUAACAUUAAAUAUAAAGUUUUUGCUCCCAUAGUUCGCAUUUACUUAUCGGCGCCACCAAGUUCAGUGCCAAGCGAACAGUUAUUUAGUGCUGCUGGUUUAAUUUAUGAACCCUUGAGAAACCGCUUAGAAGGCGAAAAAGCCGCAAAGCUUUUGUUCGUAAAAUAUAAUUUGCCUCUUGUCAAUUUUGAUUACUAAGAUGAAU